CGGAGCCGCAGCGGUGACACGCAACGCCGGCCGCCCCGGGCCGGGGGAGGCGCGCGCCGAGCGGCGACGGCGGGCGGGCCUGGCGCGCAGCGGCGCUCGCUCGCCGGCUCCCGAGGAAGAGCAGCGGGCCCCGCCGCCGCCGCUGCCGCCGCCCGAUGGCGAAGCUGCGGGACUGCCUGCCGCGCUUGAUGCUCACGCUCCGGUCCCUGCUCUUCUGGUCCCUGGUCUACUGCUACUGCGGGCUCUGCGCCUCCAUCCACCUGCUCAAACUUUUGUGGAGCCUCGGCAAGGGGCCGGCGCAGACCUUCCGGCGGCCCGCCCGGGAGAACCCGCCCGCCUGCCUGAGCGACCCCUCCUUGGGCACCCACUGCUACGUGCGGAUCAAGGAUUCAGGGUUAAGAUUUCACUAUGUUGCUGCUGGAGAAAGAGGCAAACCACUUAUGCUGCUGCUUCAUGGAUUUCCAGAAUUCUGGUAUUCUUGGCGUUACCAGCUGAGAGAAUUUAAAAGUGAAUAUCGAGUUGUAGCACUGGAUUUGAGAGGUUAUGGAGAAACAGAUGCUCCCAUUCAUCGAGAGAAUUAUAAAUUGGACUGUCUAAUUACAGACAUAAAGGAUAUUUUAGAUUCUUUAGGGUAUAGCAAAUGUGUUCUUAUUGGCCAUGACUGGGGAGGCAUGAUUGCUUGGCUAAUUGCCAUCUGUUAUCCUGAAAUGGUGAUGAAGCUUAUUGUUAUUAACUUCCCUCAUCCAAAUGUAUUUACAGAAUAUAUUUUACGACACCCUGCUCAGCUGUUCAAAUCCAGUCAUUACUACUUCUUCCAAAUACCAUGGUUCCCAGAAUUUAUGUUCUCAAUAAAUGAUUUCAAGGUUUUGAAACAUUUGUUUACCAGUCACAGCACUGGCAUUGGAAGAAAAGGAUGCCAAUUAACAACAGAGGAUCUUGAAGCUUAUAUUUAUGUCUUUUCUCAGCCUGGAGCAUUAAGUGGUCCAAUUAACUAUUACCGAAAUAUCUUCAGCUGCCUGCCUCUCAAGCAUCACACGGUGAGCACUCCAACACUACUACUGUGGGGAGAGAAUGACGCAUUCAUGGAGGUCGAAAUGGCUGAAGUCACAAAGAUUCAUGUUAAAAACUAUUUCAGGCUGACUAUUUUGUCAGAAGCCAGUCAUUGGCUUCAGCAAGACCAACCUGACAUAGUGAAUAAAUUGAUAUGGACAUUUCUAAAAGAAGAAACAAGAAAAAAAGAUUGACUUUUCUUUAACUUCUAUGAAGGGUCUGUAAUGAAAUCUAAUAAUUUUUAAAAAUUGUUCAUCAACUUCUUUAUGUUUUAUUAGGAAAAAACCUGUUUUAAUGUGCUUUAUCAUAAAUAAAUAUCCUGACAAAUGGUAUUGAAAAGAAUCUGAGAUUGUGUGAACAUGUAAUACAAUGUUGAUUUUCUCCUGGUGUAUUUUGCACAGAUAAGCAUCUGCCUUAAAAUGUAUACACUUGUACAAAAAGG